AUGCCCGUCAUCGACGCCUUUGUCACCAUGGGCUCGAUGGACAACGAUCUCACCCCUUCGGCGCCCGCACAGACGUUUGCGCACAUGCAGGACCAGUCCUACCCGCUCGGCACAAGAAGGCGCAGCGCACAUGCCCUCGCCAGCCUCGACGAGCCGCCGCACAUCUCCUCGGCCAAGCCUGAUCCCAGCCUCGAUACCGCGCCAGCACCCGCCUUCUCCAAGUUCACGCUCUACGAAGUCGGCAAGGUCGAGGGCAUCACGCCACCCACACAUGCUGCCGUCUCGGCCGUCGGCACUUCACCCAUCGAAGUCAGCAGCGUCGUCGCCGCCGGCCUCGAGAUGGGCCUCGGCGUCAGCCUCGCCUCCUCGGCUCUCAUGACCCACAUACCCGGCGCACAAGCAGCAGCGCUCUCCGGCCUCGCCGAGCCCCGCUACAAUCGCUCCCACCACACCACAUUCGAAGCCUCAUCGCUUGCCUCGUACGAAACCGCCGCCAACGACUUGCCAACCCCGCUCCAGUUCGACGGCGCCCAAACCACCUCGGCCGCGGUCAGUCUUCCGUAUCGAUCUCGCUCGCCGCACUCCUCCGACUUCACCGCCGACGGCCCCGAAGGCGAUCUGCACCGCAGGCGCACCACGGGGACGCGCCAGUCCAGGCACCCUGGAGAGCCCAUGAGGCAUGGUCGACACCACCGCGCAGACACCCACGAUCCCAUCAUCGCAGCUCCCCCGCCACCUGCCAUUGCCGCCGAGAUCGAAAAGCAGCAGUACUACCAGAACAACUACAUUGCCCUUCGCAACGAGGCCAAAAUCCUGACGCACGGCCUGCCCAACAGCUUCAACAUCGACGCGCCCCUCUCCGCCACCACCAGCAUCGAGCGCGAGCCUUCGCUCGGCAGCCGCAGCAGCACACACGCCCACGCCUCGUUCGGCGGCAGCACACAGCUCGAGACUCCCUCGUUGGGCGACAAGGCGCUGCUCUCACCAGACUCGCAGCAUCCGCUUUCUGGCAAUCCCUUCAACAUGAAUCCGUUUGCAACCACCACCUCGUCCAGCCCCGUCCAGGAUGCGGCUGCGCGCCAUCCCGAAAACGCCGGCUGGAAGUCGUUCCGACAGGGCCCGGCGGCGGGCGCCCAUGGUCCCACUCAGGCGGCACUCAUGGGCUUGGGAGGCGGCAGCCACUUUGGGCCCGGUGUCCGUGCCAAGGUGUCCGAGGUGCUGCCUCACCUCGUCUCGAGCAUCCCGCUUUCUGGCGAGGAGGGCGAGACCAUCACGAUUGCCGAGUACGGCAGCCUCAACACGCGCUCCAUCAACCUCAUGCAGCCCAUCAUCUCGGCCUUUGUCGACAAGGCACACGCCGACACGCCGCGGCGCGAGGCGGCCAAGGGCGAAGACGACAGCAACUACUUUCCGGGUCUGGAUGGCGCCGCAUCGCUGCGCAGCAUCCUCGGCAUGGAUGCAUCCGACGACUUUCCGUGCAAGGUCAACUUUUCCAUCAUCCACGAGGAUUCGCCCCAGGCCGACUUCCGUCCGCUCUCGCAGAUGCUCGAUUCGAAUCCAGAGUCGUACCUGCAUCCGCAGUGGCAGGCCACGCACGAGCCGCCGCUGCACAACUCGAUCUUUCCGAGCUUCGUUUCGAGACCGUUCGCCUCGCGCAUCGCUCCGCCGUCGACGCUGCAUCUGGGCAUCAGUCUGAUGGAUCUGCACUGGUCGCACACGCCUAGGAAUCCGACGGUGUCGCUCUCAACCUCGGCACAUGCCGAGCUCGCCGCGUUCCUCACCGCUCGCGCUCACGAGUUCCGUCAAGGCGGUGUGAUCGUCAUGGCGUACAUUGCGCGGUCCGAGGACAGCAACAUGGUUCUGCCCGACCGACCUCGGUCGACGGUCCACGGCAUGGGCUCGGCCGAUUUGGAACGCACCACGGCUGCGAUCGCCGGCGUCAAUGGCGACGGCGAUGCACUGGAGCGUGCGGCCAACUCGCCGGCCAUGGCGAUGCUGCGCAAGGAGCGUCGUCGUUCCAACUCGUCGCCGAAUCGGCCGUCUAGCCUGGGCAACGGUGCGGCGGCCGAGAGCCCAGCUUCGGACAUCUGGACGACGCUCACCAACACGCUUGCGCCGUGCCUGCAGCGACUGGUGUCGUGCGGCAUGCUCAAGAGCGACGUGGCGCGCCAUCUGUUGAGCCUGCCCAUGCACGCACGCACGCCGCGCCAGACGCGCAACGUGCUCAAGUCGGUCAGGCACCUCUGGCGUGUCGAGUGGAGCUGCGGACUGGGCGACGAGCCGAUCUCGGCGGAUGCGGCGCCGACGCUCGCCAGCGAGGCCGAGCCGCUCCGACUGCCGCAUCCUGCGUGGAAGGCGCUGCAGGCCGGAACGCUCUCGCGCGUCGCCUUCGCCGAACACAUGAUCCAGCUGUUCAAGAACCUCUACGAGUCGCACUUCCGCGCCAUCCUGCGCGAGAAGGGCAAGCUGAGCAAGGGCGCCGUCGAGUUCGUCCUCGACUCGCUCUGGGACGUCCUCCAGUCGCGCAUCGACGAUCAGGAACCUUGCCCCAUCGCAGAGUGCGAACUCGAGGUCCAGGUCGUCGCUCUCCGCCGCAUCUGA